CCCCCGUCCCCGCCCCCGCCCCCGCCCCGCCGGCCCUCCCUGCUCCUGUCGGCCUCCUGACUCUGAAGAUCCCGGCACCCGCGCGCGCUCUGCGGCCAUGGAGGUGCCCGGGAGCCUGUACAAGAAAGUCAAGCUGAGCAACAACGUGCAGAACUGGGGGAUGCAGAGAGCAACUAAUGUCACCUAUCAAGCUCAUCAUGUCAGCAGGAACAAGAGAGGCCAGGUGGUGGGGACCAGAGGUGGCUUUCGUGGUUGCACAGUUUGGCUAACAGGCUUAUCUGGAGCAGGGAAGACCACCGUGAGCAUGGCUUUGGAGGAGUACUUAGUUUGCCAUGGUAUUCCAUGCUAUACUUUGGAUGGUGACAACAUUCGUCAAGGCCUCAAUAAAAAUCUUGGCUUUAGUCCUGAAGACAGAGAAGAGAACGUGCGACGCAUUGCAGAAGUGGCUAAGUUGUUUGCAGAUGCUGGCUUAGUAUGCAUCACAAGUUUCAUAUCGCCUUAUACUCAGGAUCGCAACAAUGCGAGGCAGAUCCACGAGGGUGCGAGUUUACCUUUCUUUGAAGUAUUUGUUGAUGCUCCUCUGCAUGUUUGUGAACAGAGGGACGUCAAAGGUCUCUAUAAAAAAGCACGGGCUGGAGAAAUUAAAGGUUUCACCGGGAUUGAUUCUGAAUAUGAAAAGCCAGAGGCCCCUGAGCUGGUGCUGAAGACAGACUCCUGUGAUGUGAAUGACUGUGUCCAGCAGGUUGUGGAGCUUCUGCAGGAGCGGGAUAUUGUACCUGUAGAUGCCUCUUAUGAAGUAAAAGAACUGUAUGUACCAGAAAAUAAACUUCAUUUGGCAAAAACAGAUGCAGAAACACUACCAGCAUUGACAAUUAGUAAAGUGGACAUGCAGUGGGUGCAGGUUCUGGCAGAAGGUUGGGCCACCCCACUGAAUGGCUUUAUGCGAGAGAGGGAGUACUUGCAGUGUCUUCAUUUUGAUUGUCUUCUGGAUGGGGGUGUCAUUAACUUGUCAGUGCCUAUAGUUCUGUCAGCUACUCAUGAAGAUAAAGAGAGGCUGGAUGGCUGUACGGCCUUUGCUCUGAUGUAUGAGGGCCGCCGUGUGGCUAUUCUUCGCAACCCAGAGUUCUUUGAGCACCGGAAGGAGGAGCGUUGUGCCCGUCAGUGGGGAACGACAUGCAAGAACCACCCCUACAUUAAGAUGGUUAUGGAACAAGGAGAUUGGCUCAUUGGAGGAGAUCUUCAAGUCUUGGACCGAAUUUAUUGGAAUGAUGGUCUUGAUCAGUAUCGUCUUACUCCUUCUGAACUAAAGCAGAAGUUUAAAGAUAUGAAUGCUGAUGCUGUCUUUGCAUUUCAAUUACGCAACCCAGUGCACAAUGGACAUGCUCUACUAAUGCAGGACACCCAUAAACAGCUUCUAGAGAGGGGCUACCGGCGCCCUGUUCUCCUCCUGCACCCUCUGGGUGGCUGGACCAAGGAUGACGACGUUCCUUUGAUGUGGCGAAUGAAGCAGCAUGCUGCCGUGCUGGAGGAAGGCGUCCUGAAUCCCGAAACAACGGUGGUGGCCAUCUUCCCAUCUCCCAUGAUGUAUGCUGGACCAACCGAGGUCCAGUGGCACUGCAGAGCGAGGAUGGUGGCGGGAGCCAAUUUCUACAUUGUUGGACGGGAUCCCGCUGGCAUGCCUCAUCCAGAAACGGGGAAGGACCUGUACGAGCCAACGCACGGCGCCAAAGUGCUGACAAUGGCCCCUGGCCUAAUCACGCUGGAAAUAGUUCCCUUCCGUGUUGCCGCUUACAACAAAAAAAAGAAGCACAUGGACUACUAUGACUCUGAACACCAUGAAGACUUUGAAUUUAUUUCGGGAACACGGAUGCGCAAGCUUGCCCGAGAUGGCCAGAAGCCUCCUGAGGGUUUCAUGGCUCCCAAGGCCUGGACUGUGCUGGUGGAAUACUACAAAUCCCUGGAGAAAGCGUGACACUUCACUGAGUAACCAGAAGGGACCACAUAGUUAGUGUUGGCAUUUCUUUGUGGUGGUGUCUGUCUGGACGCCCUUUCUAAAACCAGACCAUUGUCCUUAACUCGCAUCAGCUUUGGUCUGCCUUAUGAGCUCUGUUUGAACUAGUGUAAUACAGUGCUGAUUUUAAUGUAUCUUUUCCACUUAUUAUAGUUAAUAUUCCUAUAAUACAAUUUUAAAAUCUUGUCUUUUUAUAUUAUAUUUAUGCUUCUGUCUCAUGAUUUUUUUUCCAAGCUGUUAUACUAAUUGUAACCAAUAAUAUACACAUUGAAUCUCAUUUUCAUCCCUUGGAAAAGGAAAGAAAACCCACUAAACAAUAAACGUGGCUAGACCUCCUUCUGGAAAUUUUACAAGACAUCUGUAGCAAUUAGAUUUUUUUCCACAUUGAAAAUAUAAACUGCUUUUUUUAUUCCUUCCUUCCAAUCAGCUAUUGAUUUAUAAUCUGUUAUAAUCUAAAAUAUUCCUGUGAUAUGUAUUAGCCCUGAAUGAACUUUCUUUAUUCAAUAAAAUUAAACCUUUUGACUU